AUGGCUACCAUUACCAACGGAAAGAUGGCGGAUACACGCAUCCUGAAUGUCAAUAUUGGCAACUUGGGAAAGUUUCAAGACGAGAAAUCGCUCGAAACCUGGCAAUUGCCCUCCAAUGCCGAAGACUUACAGCCACUACAAGAAGCAGCCAGACAUUUGCGAGAGGAGAUCAUACCAGUUGGAUUCCCUACGGAGACGGUUUAUGGGCUGGGAGCAGAUGCCACAAGGAGUGAUGCUGUGAAAGGGAUCUACAAGGCGAAAGGACGACCCUCUGACAAUCCACUUAUCAUCCACGUUUGCGACUUGACAAUGCUGCGGAAUUUGUUGGCUCCAGUUGAAGGACAAAAUGGAGAUUCGACAUCAUGCGACCCAAUUCCUGCCAUAUACAAGCCAUUGAUUGAGAAAUUCUGGCCAGGACCUCUAACCAUCCUCCUUCCAAACUCCAAGCCGAGCAAAUUGGCUCCAGAAGUCACUGCAGGUCUCCCAACAUUUGGCGCACGCAUGCCUGACUCUCCUCUCGCAUUGUCGCUCAUCCAUCUUGCUGGAGUUCCACUUGCAGCGCCGUCUGCGAACGCUUCCACCAAGCCCUCUCCUACGACAGCUGAGCAUGUCAGGCAUGACUUGAAUGGAAAGAUUGAGAUCAUACUUGAUGGUGGACCAUGCCUAGUCGGUGUAGAGAGCACAGUUGUGGACGGUAUAUGUGAUCCUCCCGUGGUGCUCCGACCAGGAGGUGUGAGCAUCGACCGAAUCCGCGAAUGUGAAGGCUGGGCCGGAGUCGUGAAGGGUUACAAAGAUGCCAGCGAGGAGGGAUCGAAAGCUCCACGGGCUCCUGGCAUGAAGUACAAGCACUACAGUCCCAAGGCAAAAGUCAUACUUUACGAAGCAUCACCAAAGCACGAAAUUGCUAGAUUGGGCAUCAAAGAUGAAGCAAGAAUGAUCUUGGACGCUCAAAAGAAAAAAAGAGAGUAUCUCGGCUUCGAAUCCCUGGAUCGCCCGGCCAAGAUAGGCAUCGUCCGGACCAAGAAUUGGGCACCCUGGGGGAGGCUCAAUUACGUAUGGCAAGACCACCGCUACAGUGUUCCCAAUGGUACUGCGAUCGUGAAGCACCAAAAAGUAAAAACUGGCAACUCAUUUGGUAUGAAGCAAGGCGAGCUUUGGUUCACACAUGCGUUUAAUGCUCUCCAUGAUCGGGAUGAGCAUCUGCCUGAUAUACCGACCGAUGAAACAACACGCGUCCUAAUUGGCGAGGUCAUUGAUAUUGCGUUGGGAAUAGAUACAAAGGACAUCGCUCAUGGACUGUUUUCGGCUCUUCGAGAGCUGGACCUUCGAGAUGUAGAUGUUGUCUAUGUUGAGGGCAUACGGGAUGAAGGUGACAUUGCCGCCGCGGUGAUGAAUCGACUUCGCAAGGCAGCUACCAAAAUCGAGGUUUAA